UAAAAGCGCGAUUUUUGGCACAAAUGGCGCGAAUUAUAGCAUCUUUUGCAAAAAUCACCAUUCCAAAAUUGGCUGGCGAACUGACCGGAGUUGUAAAUCUUCAUAUACGUAGCUGUACACAAAAAGUUGGUAGUGUAAUGUCGACUGUCGAAGUAUUGAAGAAAAAAUUAGAAGACGUCGAAAGUCCCUUGCCAAAAAAGAUGAAAGUUGAAUCAAAAUGUGUACUGCGUUUCGCAAAGUUGACAGAGCAUGCUCAAGCACCGGUACGUGGUUCGCCACGAGCGGCCGGUCUUGAUUUGAAAAGCGCUUACGAUGUGAAGAUACCAGCGCGUGGCAAAGCUGUGGUGAAGACUGAUUUGCAAGUACAAGUUCCAGAGGGAUCUUACGGACGUGUUGCGCCACGCUCUGGACUAGCUGUUAAGAACUUUAUUGACGUUGGUGCUGGAGUCGUAGAUGAAGACUACCGUGGUAACUUGGGCGUUGUAUUAUUUAAUCAUUCAGAUGAAGAUUUCGAAGUGAAACGAGGAGAUCGCAUUGCACAAUUUAUCUGUGAGCGUAUUUUCUACCCAGAAUUGGAAGAGGUAGACAAACUUGAUGAAACAGAACGUGGCGCUGGUGGUUUUGGUUCGACGGGUAUAAAAGAGAUCGUUGCCAAAAAUGGUAAUGGAAGUGCUGCUAUGGAAACUGAAGAAGUUAAAGAUAAAGUGGAAGAAUCUAAAGUUGAUGGCAAGACGGAUGAAAACAAGGAAGAUGCCAAGGCUGAAAAACCAAAAAACGGUGAUACAGUUCCUGAAGAAACAAAUGGUACUACUGCUACUGCCACCGCUUGAACACGAAUGUUAUGAUCUUGCGGUGAUGCAAGAUAUUCUGCUUAAAGUUAUUACUAGUUUCUAAGCUCAUCAUUUCAUUCCCCUAAAAUUGUAUUUUUGUAUUAACACAUUUUAAUUUGUAAAAUUCGCAGCCAAAAAUGCCAUAACAUUAAAGUUUUUAAUUUAUGUUUAAAA